CAGGUGAAACGUCUUCAAGAUCUCCAACCAAGUCCAGGUGCGCUCGUCGUUGGACGGAGAGCCGUCGCGUUUCGUUACUUAGACUGCCCCCGUCGAUGUGUCGAUGGCGUGGACGAAAUAGUGGGAACACGAUUCAACGCCACCACAAGCGGCGGCCUCCAAAAGAUUGACCGCAGAGUUGAAUCAACACAAACUGAACACCGUGACUUUCACGAAGGCGGGAUUUGUUGCAGGACUGUCGCAUUAGACCGCGUCAGUUGUAACCAGGGGCUCAGACAGCGGGCGAAACGUCUUUGCGAGAUGGUGCAGCUGCACGUGAAGCGCGGCGACGAGAGCCAGUUUCUCUUCAGCACCGCCGUGGACGCGCCUCUGGAGUCGGUCGUCCGGCAGAUCGCAGCCAUUUACAACGGGAGACUCAAAGUGGACAGGAUAUGUUCAGAGAUCCCGGAGCUCGCAGACCACGGCAUCACACUGCCGCCCAACAUGCAGGGGCUGACAGAGGAGCAGAUUGUGGAGCUGAAACUGAAGGAUGAAUGGGAAGAGAAGUGCCUGCCCAGCGGAGGGCCAGUAUUCAAGAAGGACGAGAUCGGGAGGAGGAAUGGACAGGCUCCAAAUGAUAAAAUGAAAGAGGUGCUGAUGAGAACGAUGGAGGACGCGAAGGCACUGGUCUCCAAAAAACAGGUUCAAGCUAACGUUUGUGUCACCAUGGAGAUGGUGAAAGAAGCCCUGGACCGGCUGAGGGGUGCCGUGAUGAUUGUGUACCCCAUGGGGCUGCCUCCUCAUGACCCUAUCAGGAUGGAGUUUGAGGACCGGGAAGACCUUUCGGGAACACAGGCCUCUCUGCAGGUGAUCACAGAGGAGGAGUGCCAGCUAUGGUGGGCUGCCAAAGAGAUGCAGAGGGGGAAAAAAAUGCAGGACUACAUUGGCAGAAAUGAAAAGACAAAGCUUGUGGUUAAAAUCCAAAAGAAAGGGCAGGGGGCACCAGCAAGAGAGCCUCUUGUCAGCGAUGAACAGCAGAAACAGAUGAUGAUGCAUUACUACAAAAGGCAGGAGGAGCUCAAGAAACUGGAGGAGGCAGAUGAUGAUAGCUACCUGGACUCAGAAUGGUCAGACAGACAGGCCCUCAGAAAACAGUUCCAAGGCCUCACCAACAUCAAAUGGGGACCGAGAUAAAGACCACUACCGCUCUGACCACCGCCUUGGAGCCGCUGCUCGGACCUGAUCCUUAACAGGUCCAUAGUAUAUGCAACUGGCUAAGAUGUCCUAUCACAGUCCUGAGAUCUGUUUACUGCUGGUGUGUUUUUUGAGGUCCUCCAGAGGAUGUUAUAUACAGCAGUUGUGUUCAUAUGACUAAGACAGGUUCAGAAGUGUGCUGGUCUUGUAUUUCUGAGUUUCUGGAUGAGCACCCAAUGUUCCUUUUUAACCAAAUUGAAAUGGGAAGAGGACACCUGGACACAAAAUAUAGCGGAACAGGUAUUGAUGUCACAUGGAGGCUGAUAUCGUUAUAAAUCCGAUUUAUUUUAACUUCAUUCUUCUCCCUGUAUUCCUUCCGAUCAUCAACCUGUUGUAAAGUUACAUUUUUAUUGAAGCUGUGCAAAACAAAAAUAAAUUUAAGCUCAAUCUA